AUGCGUAGUGGCCAUGGAAGUAGCACUUUGCUCCCUCAUACCAUCAUCAAUGAAUUUCCAGAGUACGGCACCGUAGAGCCAAGUGGAGAUGUGCCGAGGACUUCAUCACUGCGCCAGGCCAAGCCUGUGAUUCACAGUCCAGAAAGAUGGGACAGUCACCUCUGGAUGCCUGGCAGGCCCCUUCCUCAGCAUGCAGCUCCUGCAGGCAAUUCAAGACCUGAUGCUGGGGCAGUGCGGCUGCGCGCCCCAGAAGAAGAUUUGAAGCCUGUGGGUAACUUGCCAGAGGUGAUGAAAAUCUCUCAACAACUGGAAGUAACAAAGGUGCAAGGGAGAGCAAAUACUCCUCUUGAUUCAGAGACGCAAAUGGAAAAAAAGAGCAUUACUGGCAGCCAAAAUGUGCAGGCAGCCAGAGAACCAGUUCCAGCAGGCCAAGAAAAACCCUCAGACGUGCCUUUUCCAUCUGAACAAACAGCUGAGGAAAAAAUGCAUUUGAUCAUAGAGAAAGAUCUGGCUGCAAUAUUGACUGGAGAAAAGCAGUCCGAGUCCUUGCAAGCCAUCAGUAAGAAAGCUGAGGAGGUCCAUGCAGCGCAAGAGACAAGCUGUCAUAGACCAUCUGUGACGAACCUGGAAGCAGCCAGCAGAGUGGAGAGGUGGGCACAAUUUGAGGAGUUUUCAGCUUACAGUCAAGGCAAAAUGCAAAUGGGUCCUGAGAGGAGGCUCUCUAAAGAGGCAGCUGUCAGCAAACAUGUAGAAUUUCAAGGCGUGGAGAUUUUAUGGCUGCAAAAAGCUGAGGAGCAGAGAAGAAAGAAGCACUUGCUGCUGGAGACUGUGUCUGUGGAGAGGAAAACGUUCCCCAAAACAGUCAGCCACCCUGCACCACCGAUGGUGUCCCCCGACUUAGUCUCCUUGCCGGACAGCACUUGGAGCGAGGUCUGUGAGGACCCGAGGCUGGGAUCCACUGCCUGUGGAGCUGCUCCUCUGGUGCUGCAUGAUGAAGGUGGGGAUGAUGAAGUUUUUGUGAAGGACAAGAACAGCUGCGGAGAGAAGGAGAUGACUGGGCUAGCGAGAGGCCAGGGCAGGCUGGUGGAAGAGAGGGAAGCAUCCACAGCAGGAUAUGAAGAUGUCCAUGGGCCUAGGCACUCCGACGUCUCCACUGAUCUGUACAGCUCACAGUUCGAAAACAUCCUAGACAAUGCAUCUUUAUACUACAGUGCAGAGUCGCUGGAGACAUUGUACUCAGAGCCCGAUAGCUACUUCAGCUUUGAGAUGCCACUCACUCCCAUGAUCCAGCAGCGCAUGAAGGAGGGCGGCCAGUUUUUAGACAGGACGUCAGCUUUGCAGCAGCCAGAUGUCCUGCAGCUUCCCCCUGAUAGGGAGGUGAAGGGCUGUGGUGAAGGCAUCAUCAAUGGCUUAAGGGAUGUAAGCGAAACACUCUUCAGAGGAGACGUCACGGAAGUCCCUCGUUUGGAAAG